AUGCCUACUCUGCGCAAGGCUUGCGUCAAUUGUACUAGCUCCAAGCGAAAAUGUGUGGUACAGAAACCAAAAUGCAGCCGUUGCUCGCAAAAGAACCUAGACUGCGUCUAUGACCUUGAACCGCUCAACGCACCAGCUACCGAGUUCGACAAGGUCCGAGCAUUUGGCUUCAAGCUCUCAAAUUAUCAUGCUCUGGGGCGGUGUAUCAUCAAGCGCCUCAAAUCCGGAACCGCGGGCAUCGAUCCGGCGAUCUGCUAUCCAGGCAGCCAGAACGUAACAGAGAUUACAAGGCUAGGGUUUGACACGGUGCCGGAGCUUGUCAGCGCCAGGAGACCUGCAUCGUUUGUUCAUCCUGGAUUACAGGUGCCUGACAUCAACAAUCACGUCACUGCGCUUAUGGAGCGAGGGGCCAGGGGAGUGAACAGUGAGAGCUUCAAAUGCCUUAUGCAAGUCGAUAUCAAACUAGUGUCACCGCAAGAGGCUCUUACAGCGGUCCAAGCUCUCCUAGUCCAUCUGGCGGCAUCGAGUUUUUCGUCGGCUCCGGCGGAACAGGAAGAGGCAGAACUAUGCCUCAACAUCUUGUCUGAAUGGACGCAACACUUGUUCGCCUGCUUCGAUGCUGGAAUGCCAAAAUGCCAAUCCCCGUGGCAGGAUUGGUUGUUGGGCGAGAGUGUGCGACGAACUGUGUUCAUGGCCUAUACGCUCAACUUGUCAGUGACCGGCUACAAGUAUGGCUAUUGUCCCAACUGGCUCUUCAUGGAGUCCCUGCCAUUCGACCACCGGCCGGGGUUGUGGAUGGCAGAAUCGCCACAAGCGUGGAUUGCUUCGGCCCAUGCAAGAUGUGGCGAAGAAGUCGGUGAACAGUUGAAAUCAUACCACGAAUUUGCUGAAGCCUGCCACGGUCAGACACCCGAUUUUGGCGGGGACCCAUUUUUAACAUUGCUUGCAUUUGCCCACAACGGUCUUGGUGGGAACUAA